GUGCAUUAUAUUUUAAUUUUUAACUUAUUUUAUUCAGCUUGAAAUUUAAAUUUUUUACAUUAUUUAAGAUAAGAAUAUAUUAAUUGAAAAUAAAUUUAAAGUAGAAAUACAAACAAAGUAAAAUGUCAGGAGAAACGGAUAGUAAUCGUAGAAAAUCUCGAUUAAAACAACUUCUUGAUAUGGGAACGGACCUAAAAAAACACAAUGAUAGAGAAGACUAUGAAAUGAUUGAUAAAAUUUCUGAAAUUAUUCAAGAAACGGAUACUAUUAAUCGAUCUGUUGAUUUACAGAAGCAAAAUCAUGAUACAACUGAAGUUAUUAUGGAUGCCCAAAUCGUACAAAUGAGCCAUGAGUUAAUUGGUGAAGUAAUGCAAAAAAUUGGUGCAAGUGAGUUUGCAGAUGAAGAGUGGAUAAAUGCAAUCAUGGCUAUUGUCUAUAAAAACGAUAACGAAAACUGGGAUAAAAUUACGGAAAUUGCUGGAAGUGUAUGUAAAAUGGUAAAGUUCUCACCGAGUUUUUUAAGUGAUUACGAUUUUAAAGCUGAUUCGGAAGAAAAAGUUGUUAAAGAAAGGCAAAGAAAAACAAAAUCGAAUAGAGGCGAAGAAAUGAGACCAGAAAAUCUUAGUCAAAUUGAAAAACGAGAUGGAAAUUUGGAAAAUAUGAAUGUGAUAUAUAGAAGAAUUUUAGAAAUAUAUUCAAAUAAUAAAAGCCAACCAAUUCCUUAUUAUAAAUUAGUGAUUGAUCCACAUAAUUUUAUGAAUACAGUACAUAAUGCAUUUCGGGUAGCAUUUUUAGCUAGAGAUAAAUCUGUUAAGAUAUGGAAAGAAGAUGAUGGAUUCCCAUAUUUACAACCUUUAAACAAAGCAGAAAAAUCCAGUGCUUCAAAUGAUACAAUACAAGCUAUAUGUACACUGAAUUUAAACAUUGUAGAUGAAAUGAUACAAAAGUACAAAAUCAAAGAAGCUUUAUUGAAGAGAGAUUGAUAUAUUAAGUAGAUUAACAAUGUUAAAAAUAAAUGCACUUUUUACUUAGUUUAUUAUUAUUAGUAUAUGUUACAGCAAUUCGACAUAUAAUUUUUAAAUAUACUUUUCCAACUAUAUAUGUAUAUAUAGUUCUACAACUUUUAUAUCAGUGUCUGGU